AUGCCUCCAAAACAACAAUUAUCUAAGGCUCAAAAGGCCGCUGCCGCCAUGGCAGGUGGUAAGAAGUCCAAGAAGAAGUGGUCCAAGAAGUCCCACAAGGACAAGGCUCAACACGCCGUCAUUCUAGACCAAGACAAAUUGGACAGAAUUUUGAAAGAAGUUCCAACUUACAGAUACGUUUCUGUCUCCGUCUUAGUUGACAGAUUAAAGAUUGGUGGUUCCAUGGCUAGAGUUGCCUUGAGACACUUGGAAAGAGAAGGUAUCAUUAAGCCAAUUUCUAAGCACUCUAAGCAAGCUAUUUACACUAGAGCAACUGCUUCUGAAUAA